UUUCUUUGCCUUCUCGUAUAAUAAAUUUAGCUGAAAGUAAAUAAUAACUUGAGAAACGUGGACAAACGUUGUGUAAUGUUAACGGCGCACAAAGUGACGUAUCACCGCUAACGGUGGGAGGUAAGCUAGCGCCAAUUCCAAAAUGUCACUGGAGCUCGUAUGAAUGUGGAGAACUCUGUAAUGAGAAACAAACUAAAACUAAACAAAAAGUGUAAAGAUGGAGCGUACCCAAGAGAAGAUAAAACGCAGGAGACCGAGGUAGUGGUACCCUCAUCAAAACAUUCAGAAAAUAACAAAUAUGACGCAAAUACUGUUUAUCCGCAACAGGAGCUGAGGAAGACCUGUAGGACAGAAGAUACUAAAAUUGCACCUAUUUUCUUGUGCUCGUCGCAGUUCAGAAAAAGUAAAAAGACAAGCGAUGGCAAGCUGGAUUUGUAUGUAGAUAAGCCUAAGAAACAAGUGCUCCCUUCCGAAAAUAGUCACUUACAGCAUGUGAAAAAUGAACCGUCUUCAAACCCAGUGUGUCACCUGUCAGAGUCAGACACAGUGGGGACACAUGUGUCCACCUGGAGGGCAAAGCUGUCCUCCUCAGCCUUGCACAGCUGUCUGCAAGAAAUCCAGACGUCUAAACCGACAUUUGUAGUCCAAAAAGUGUUCAACACUCUGCAGAAGAAAACCAGUCAAAGUCUGCACGAUAUUGCAUCCACGGUAAAAUAUCCUUCUUAUACAAGCUCUCUGCCAUCCCUACACAACCACUUUAAAGAGAAGAGGAAAAGAGACCACGAAAGCUUGGAGAACGUAUCUAAACGUUUGAAGCCAAGCAUCACUGCAGAGGUCAACGUUAGCACAGAUGAGUUUCACACCUUGCCUGAGGGUGUUCAGAAUAGUCCUGUCCUCUCAGUAAAAAAGCAGCCCACAAGCAGGAGAUUAAGCCGCACCCACAGACUGAAAUGUGGGAGUGGGAGAGUACAUCUGGUGAACAACUGUGAGUCAGAUUCUGAAUUGAUGAAUCACAGUAAAUCAGAGACCGUGUCACCCAAUGCCUCUGAUUUCCAAAGAGAGUUCAGUUAUGAGAAUGUUCCUUGGACAGAAAAAUACAGCCCUCAGCAUUCAACUGAAGUCAUUGGCAAUUCAACAGCCGUGCAUAAACUGCAUAGCUGGUUGAAGAAAUGGAAACUAAGAGCUGACUGUGAUGACAGGAGAAAAUUUGAGGAAAAACAACAUGAAAAAAGCAAUGACUCAUGGGACUGUGGAGACUUUCAGAAUGAGGUGGGAUCAGAGGACACCAGAGAGGAGCCUCUGUGUAACACCAUGCUGAUUACAGGACCUCCAGGGGUCGGAAAGACUGCCUCGGUGUACGCCUGCGCUGUUGAGCUUGGUUUCAAGGUAUUUGAGGUUAACUGCUCCUCACAGCGCAAUGGCCGCCAAGUUUUGUACCAGCUGAAGGAAGCAACACAGUCCCACCUGGUGGAGACAUCAGGAAAAGACUCACUAAAACCAGCCUUCUUCAGCAACUUCAACACCAGCAGCUGCCCAGCUAAACCUGACAGUUUACCCGCAAAAACUGUGGUUUCCAGAAAUGUGAUCUCUACUUCAAAAAAGAAACCAUCACAGAACAGAAGGGGAAAAGCUAAUCCAGCCACAGCCACUUUGACCAACUACUUCAAGAUGAAGGCCAAAGCAGAUUGCUUGCACUGGGGUGGCCCGUCAUUAUCUGACAAACCAGACAGCAAGACAUUCAAUGAGCCAUCACCAGACUCUGAUCAAACAGUGCCGCAGAACAAAAAGGCAGCCACAUCACUCAUUCUGUUUGAGGAGGUCGAUGUCAUAUUUGAUGAUGAUGUGGGAUUCCUCAUAGCCAUCAAGACUUUCAUGACAACCACUAAAAGGCCAGUUAUUCUGACCACCAAUGAUCAUUUAUUCCGAGAGAGGUUCAACUGCAGUUUAGAGGAAAUUGUUUUCAAACCCCUCUCAGUGGCGGAUGUCUGUAGCUACCUGCAGUUGGUGUGUUUGACUGAGAAUGUGAAGCUGGAUUUAGAUGACGUCAUCAGCCUCUUCAGACUGACACGAGGUGACAUCAGACGCUGCCUGUUGCAGCUACAGUUCUGGGCAAACAGCAGCAGAGGCCUGUCAAAGGAUCCUAGAGGUUGUAGUGGCUGCACUGCCAACAUGCUGGGUCUUCAAACUGUGACUCAAAACAAUCUACUGCAGCUCCUAGAUCAGCAGUUGUGGACAGAAGCACAAAUGAGUAAAUUCCUGAAGCCCCUACUUGAGAGCUGGAGAACAGCUGUACCCCUUCUGUACUCCAAUCUGGAACUUCUUCUAUUCAAAGACAGACCUAUCCUGGUUAAGGCAACAUUUCCUGGACCACACAUUGAGUUAGCCGCCCCUAACACCCAUGUUGACACAAAAAAACUGGAAGGGAAUGUCUGUCAACAGCCAACUUUACCCAGCAGCAACUCUGUUAAGAACAUCUCCAGGCUUAGCAGAAGAAAGCAUGUUUCUAUUAUUGUGAAUGGUGCAAAAAAAACUCACAGGAAAUCUGCUCCACUGAGCCAGACUCAUCAAAGAGCCCAGAGUUCAGACAGCAACACUGAACAAAGAGCAAACAGAGUGGAAGCCAACUGUUUAGGGGCUUUGACUGACUUGUUUGAUCUCAUGUCAUACCUCGAUGCAACACUGCCAGCAGCACAACCACUUAUUUCAGGCCCGUGCCACCCAGGGGAGUCAUUCUGGGCAGGAGCAGAGAUACGGGAUGGACUGCUGGAUGAGAUGGCAGAGGAAGAUGUGAAGAGUUGUAGCCAAGAGAGGCUGUUGGAGAUUCAGGCAGCUGUGGAGGGUUUGGGGUUUCACAGGUGCUGGCAGCAGGUGUCUGAGGUGUGGACUGAAGCCCAGCGAUGCAGGCAGGACUCAGUGAGAUGGUCAGCCCCAGCCUCUUCCAAUAAACAAAAAGUUAGUUUUAGUUUUCAACCUUUGCAUUUGUCAAGUGCAUCUAAAAAGAGAUAUGACCUAAACAGGACAGUGCUCAGUUGUCGACCCUUCAGCCUGAUGGGAAACAGACAAGCCAUCAGCGUUGACUACAUGCCAGUCAUCUGUCUCAUCUGUCGCUCUCACAAGGAACAGAAACAGCAAAAGAAAGAUGACACAGAAAGGUGUCUGAAGUAUUUCAGCCACUUGGACGUGGGGCUGUCAAGAUCAACACUUCGACUCCUUGUAGAAGAUGUCUCCUUAAGAUAAGUCUGAAGAAAGACCAGAAAGGCUGUCAAAUCACCCUACCUCACUAAAACAGAUUAUGUAGGUCUUUUUAGCUGUGCAUUUGUUUCCUGGAUACUUUCAAAUGAAUUUAAUGUUGUACAUUUCAACUUAUUUUAUUUAUAUGUGUAUGCAAGUCAAUAAAAAAAUUAUAUUUUUGUUA